AAAAUAUAAAAAUAUAAACUCGCGUACUGGUUCAAACGUCACACCAACUUUCUCUCUUUUCGUUUGCAGUAAUACUUUAUUUUCAAAUUACUUUUCCAAGCUCUAAAUUUUACAUAGAACUACAUAUUGGGGUUAUCUCUUUUUUUUCCUUUUUCAUUCCCAAAUGCAUUUUGCACGCAUUUUUUCUGGCCUGCUUCUUGCGAUCUUCAGCCAGGCGCUAGCGCAAGGCGCACCCGUCGGACAAAAGACACACAUUCUGGACGUGAGCAACUUUGAGACGCUAACCAAAACUGGCACCUGGAUAGUCAAGCAUUUCUCCCCCGCCUGCAUGCAUUGCCUAAGUUUCCAGCCCAAAUGGGACAAAGUAAUCUCCGACAGCUCUCUCGAACUCUUUGAAAAGGAUGUGCAUUUCGGCGAAAUAAAUUGUUUGGAAAACAUGGAACUGUGCCAGCUCAAUUCAGUCGAAGGGUGGCCCACAGUUGUCGCGUUCGAGUCGGGCAAGCACACAGAGAAGUUGGCUGGCGACAAGAGCGAGAAGAAGCUACGUGAGUUUGUGCAGCAGACGGUCGAUAGGGUGACGCGUGCGCAGCGUUAUUUGGAGAACAGUGUGGUAUUGGAUUCGACCAACUUUACACAGAAUAUCGCGGAAGGUUUGUGGCUGGUUAAACUGUAUUCACCCGAGUGCCCGCAUUGCCAGACGAUGGCGCCCGAGUGGAGCAAAAUGACCAACGAGAUGGCCGGCGAGAUGGUCAAGAAGGGUGUUGUUGUCCUUGGCCAGGUCGACUGUUUGGCCAACCUUAAGGUAUGCGCUGAUAACCAUGUUGAUGGGUAUCCGACUGUCAACUUGUUUUUCAAUAGUGCUUUCAUCGAGGAGAUGCGGGGCCCGUACACUUACAAGAAUAUGAAGGAUUAUGUGCAAAACCUGGAGGGGCGCGCGAAUGCCGGUGAGUUUGACAAAGCACCCGAGCCGCGCGUGAACAAUGACAACCGCGACUGGGACGAAGAAGACGUCAAGCCGGCCGAGAAGAAGGCGGAAGAGCAGAAGAGGGUGGAGGAGAAGGAGCAGAAAAAGGGCGUUGAGAAGACUCACAAGACUCCCAAGGAUGACGCUGACGCUAAUGCUAACGCUGCCGACUCUGCUGACUCUGUCGAUUCCGAUGCUGCCGUUGUCAAUGCAAAAGAGCCCGCUCCUCAGUACAACCUGGAUGGCGAGGUCGUGACGUUGACUCGCGAAAACUUUGCCGAACGCACCGCCUCGGGGCCUUGGUUCAUCAAGUUUUACGCGCCGUGGUGCGGGCACUGCCAGCAGCUGGCGCCUGUGUGGACAAAGUUUGCUCAUGAGACGCGCGGCAAGGUCAAUAUCGGCGAGGUCAACUGCGAUGACGCUGGCACUCUGUGCUCCAAGUACAACGUGCAGGGCUACCCAAGUUUGAAGCUCAUCUGGGAGGGCGAGGCUAGCGAUUUUAAGGGGUCGCGCGAUCUAGACAACAUGCUGGCCUUUGUCGACGGCAUCAUGGCCCAACCGCGCGUCCUCCAGAGCGUAGACGAGCUUAGGCUAGCGCAGACAUCACUAGAUGUCGCCUACGUAUUUGCCUACAGCAGCUCCGACACCAGUGCAAAGACAAAAUCAGCGCUCGCACACAUCAAGGCCAAUGUUCAAAAGAUGUUCCUCUCGAAGCAGCUCAACAUUGUUAGCGACAUGAGUAUUGCCAAGGCCGUUAUUUCCCAGAACUUGUCGGCGCCCACUUUGGUUGCGUUGAAGGACGGCAAGGUCGUGCGGUUUGAAGGAUCCCUGACCAGUGACGACCAGCUGCGCGAGUGGUUCUACGCCGAGCGCUUCCCGCUGCUUCCGGAGCUGAGCCGCGAAAACUCCGACGACCUGUUUUUUGAUACAGACUACCUGGUCCUGGUUGUUCUGGACACCAGCAAGGGUGCGGAUCAUACCACCGAGUUCCGUGAGAUCGCACGUGACGCAGCCAUUGAAUACACCCGAGUGCACGGCGCCUCUGCUGGCCACACGCCCAAGAGCUCUGUGCGGUUUGCUUGGGUCGAUGGCAGCAAGUGGGCGUCCUACAUCGAGCGUGUCUUCCGGCUCACGCAGAAAGAUUGGCCGGCCGUGGUUAUUGCCCAGCCUAGCGAGGACCGAUUCUUUACGACGGAUGUCAAGGGCGGCAUUAUCGAGCCGUCCAAGAUGGGUAUCUUCUUGGCUGUGCGCGCUGCCGUCGAGGGUCGUUUGCGCGCCCAGAGCACUAACUCUAUUAUUGUACAGGUUGUUCGUGUUGCCAUGGGCGCUGUGUCUGCUACUUCUGCCUUGCUCUUCGGCACCAUUCUGCGCGCCCUCGUCACCCUGUCUGUUGCUGGCGCCAUUGGAUACGGAAUCUACAGGCGCAGCUCGCAGGGAUCGCGCGGAGGCACGUACAAUAUCGUCAAGGUUGAGUAGGACUCAGCAAGUUAAAACGCAAUCCAAAAAAUAAAGCCAAAUUGUUUGGUUAGCUAUGAAUUUUAUAUUUGAAAAAAGAAUAAUAAAAAACAAUU